AUGGAGUCUGGUGUGACAGAGUUGCCUGGCCAUGCAUGUUUUCCGGCCCGGAUUCAAACUCAUAUAAAAAAUCAGGGCUCGAACUCGUCCUCGAUGAGCCACGAUUCGAUGGCAAUGGCCGAGCGCAUCCCAUCACCGCGCCGAUGGUCUCCCACCUAUGUACCCCGAAGACGAAGCAGACAGAUGCCCUCCCUAUCAUUUGUAGCGUCACCAGUGAUGCCGCGCAUAGAAUCACAGGACCUUUCGACCUCAAUAUCGCGGCGCCCUGCGGAUCGCGGCCCAACUUGCAUGUCGCCCUUCCGCUCGGUUCGAAGAAUGAAAGAACCCUUUCAAUUAAUGCUCCCGACAUCCCCAGCGUCCCUGGAUGGCCCUGCUCCUAACUUUACUGAAAAGCCAAACAGGCCGUCGAAAGCUCCGGCCGACCACACAUUGCGAACAUGGCGCUCAGACCAAAACCUGACUUGUGGCAGCCUGGAGGCAUUCGGCCUUCUACCCAGUCCGCCUAUAACAGAAUCACGCCCCGCAAGUGCGGGUCCAGAGUUAUCUUACUUUGAUUCUCAGUCCUCCGAUGAAUCACGUCCAUCAAGUGUUGGGAAGGCGGAGAAAGACGACUCUGAUACCCCUCGACCGGAUCGUUCCACAACGCCCGCCACGCUCGAAAUCGGAGAAAGGAUACAGUACACAGCGUACCGCCCCCCAGAUUGGAAGAAUCAACCGCGAACAGAUGUCAUGAAUGUUCAUGAAGCCCACUCAGAGUUCGUACGCCAGUGCGAGUCUGGCAACGCUCAGGAUCCAAAACCCCAAUCUCCCAAGAAGCCUGCAUCACCAAAGUCAGUGCACAGCGACAGACUCCUCGUUCCAGGGAGCUCACCCAGACCUCAACGCCCUCGGACCGGGACAGUCUCGAGUGAAGCUAGCUGGGUGCCGAGCAACUUCUCAUACUGCGAAAGAUGGCUUCAAGGAGUGCCGGCUGAUAAGGUGAAUGACCGAAAUUCAUCCACAAAGGAGUUCAACAACCGGCGCAAGUUCCAGAUUGUCGAGAAUGAUCCUCCAAUGCCAAAACUGGACAUUAUCCCGGGGGCAAAAGCCCUUGAAGAACCUGUGAGAUUUGCCGUCGCUAGCAAGACAAGACCAAAGCUCGUCGACAUCGCUCGACAAUCAUCACCAUCCCUCCCACUCCUUCCACCACUCUCGUUGCUGCCACAACUGGUACCGACGACCCCAGAUCAGCGGCAAGAGGAAGUAUCCGCGUUCAGUCCGGACACUCCGCUUAAUCUGUCUGAUAGUGGAUACGAAUCUCGCGACUCCAGAUAUUCUUUCGAUAGUUAUGAUGAUAGCAAAGGCGAUGAUGACGAUGACGAUGCAUAUACAGAUCCAGGGUCAUUGACCUCUUCGGACAGCGUCGGAUCAACCGUGAUUGGCGAAAGGCCUGAAACCGCGCAGGGAGAGCGCGAGGCAAGCCCCCAACCUGAAAUAAGAUCGGGCAGCGUGAGCCCGAAGGCAUCAUCCCCACCAACAGCUCACUCUGCAGGGCAGGCAUCUAUAAUGUCCGAAAAAGAGGAUGAAAAACCACGGCUAUGGCACCAUGACUGGACGCUGGACGACCAUGAAUGGACUCUAGAUGAGCUGGACCACUCUGUCAAAGAUUUUCCUCGUCAUAUGCUCCGGCUCGCAUCCCCUGUUAUUGUAUUCCUUCGCAAAAACGAUGAGAAGGCCCUCAUUAGGCCCUUCCGUACUAUAUUCCCUGAUGUCACAGAGAACCUACUCGACUGUCUCUGUGCUGCACUGCUUGCUAGAAACUACCUAAUUUCUCUACCAAACCUCCACCGAACCAAGCCAUCAGUCUCUUCGCGCAAAGACGCAUACCCCGUCGACGGCGUCCCGAAAAAAGCAUACACUACACUAGGCAUCCAGCUUCCAUCUGGGUCUGCUCACAAGCCCAAGGACCACCUUUUCAGCUCUCGCAGCAAGGACCUUCAGGCACACCUCGACCAAACCGUGGACAACCUCCUAUUUGCCAUUUGUGGCCGAUCAGAUACUACUUUGAAAUCGGCUGUUGAAGUUCUCGCCCAAGUACUUGAAACCAAUGCUUAG